AUGGAUGUAGUCUGCCCAGUGCUACGGUCAAGCCGCGGUCAAGCCAAGGUCAAGAUCUCACUGAUGCAAUGAAAAGGUAUGAAAUGCAUGGACUGCAUAUAGAUGUUUUUGGAAGUCUGACAGAACAGCAAAAAACGAUAUUUUACACCAACUGGAAGACUCGAAGUCUUGGAAAAGCUGUACAUCACAGAAGAAAAUUUGAGAACAUACCACAGAUCUCCGGACACCAUGGACGCACUGAGUGCCCUGCUCUGUCUGCUUUUGGUGUUGAUCACUCUCUACUGGGCCUUGAUUGGUAGAUCCAAGAGCCACAAUCUCCCACCUGGGCCAAAGGGCUGGCCUCUCUUCGGCAGCAUCUUCCAGAUUUCAGCAACGGACUCCCACAAGGAUUUCCUCAAACUAUCGGAACAAUACGGCGACGUUAUCGCUGUGAACAUGGCCGGAAAUCCGGUGGUAGUGCUGAACAGCGCAGACGCCAUCAGAGAAGCCUUCUUCAGCACCACCACCAGAGACGUCUUUGCAGGACGUCCUAGAAGUUUUUACGCCAAGUAUUCCGAUCGGGGGCCAUCACUUUUGUUCACGGGAUUCUGUAAAGAAAUGAUGCAACAGAGGAAGAUUUACAUGAAGACGCUGAAGAUGUACGGGGAGGAAGGUAUGGUACUGGAGAAUAUAAUUAGGGAUGAAAUUCAAAUCGUCGUGAAGAAGAUCAGAGAGCGUAGAGGACAGCCAAUAGACAUCGGCGCAUUGGUGAUACCCGCCUUGGCCAACAUUAUACUUACUGUGAUGAGUGGCAAAAGUUUUGAAUAUGACGAUCCUGCGUUGCUGGCCACCUUGGAGUUUGAGCUGUACAAUGUCCAAAUGUUAACUGGUCACAUCGCCACAAUCAUGUCGGCGUUCCCCUUUCUCAGGCACAUUCCGCUGGGAUACGGCAAACUUUUCAAGGGACAUCGGCGAAGCUACGAUACACUCGUUUAUUAUUUUGUGACUUUAGCCAAAGAGGCGUUUGACCCCGCGACCUCGCGUGGGCUAGUGGCUGAUCUUUUUCGACUACAAUCUGAAUACCCAUGGAUCACAGAUGACAAGAUAAAAGGAGCAUUGCGUGACUGUGUUGGUGCAGGAAUUGGAACGACUCGGGGCACGAUUUUAGCUUUUUUCCUCGUUAUCCUUCACAAACCGGUAGUGAUGUCAAAAAUACAGAGCGAGAUCUCCUCUGUGAUUGGUCGAUGCAGAGCGCCGUGUGUGGCCGACCGAGUGAAGAUGCCGUACACCGAGGCUGUCGUCAUGGAGUUGCUGAGAUACAUCUCUCACGUGCCAAUGGGAGCCCCGCACAGCACCGUGGAUGACGUCACGUUCCGCGGCUAUGUCAUUCCCGCCAAAACCACGGUGUUGACGAAUCUAUGGGCGGUCCACCACGAUGACCGGAUAUGGGAAGAACCCUGGGAGUUUCUACCGGAAAGAUUCCUAGAUGAGGAGGGUAACGUAGUUCCACCGGAACACAAGAACAGACGCAAUUGGCUGGUGUUUGGUACCGGAAGACGAGCCUGUCCAGGGGAAUACUUUGGAAGGUCACGUGUCUUCCUCUUCAUUACAACGCUUCUCCAACAAUUCAACUUCCGACCCUGCGCAGAACACCCUCUGCCGUCACAUGACCCACGUGGGUAUACGACUGGCAUAACACUUCAUCCACCUCGGUAUUAUCUACUGGCUGAUGACGCCCAGAUGUGAAGAAGUCAGAGCAAAAGUAUAAUAAGUCAAGGCCCAUUCAUUCGUCUGAUAAGAAUUUGUGGACGUAAGAUAUGGAGAUAAACCGGUUGGGAAUCUAGUUCUGCACGUAUUUUCUGAUUUCACAUUCUUCUCAGUGGAAGAACUUGAUGACGAACAAAUUAGACGGAGAAUUUGGAACAUUCAUCAGUAAAACACCUAACAGUCCGAACUAAUAUACACUGCAUUACGUUCGUAAUUUCAGAA